CCAUAUCCAUUGGCAUCAGUGGUGCAGAAACCAGCAAACUAUCAGGAUGAAGUGUCUGUCCGUGCUCCUCGUGUGCCUGGCGCUGGCGGCGGCGCGGGAGGGCAAGAAGGGCGGGAAGGCGCAGGCAGGCGAGGGGCCUUCCACGCGGUUCCUGCCUGGCCUCGGGGGCGGGCUGGGGGGCGGCUUCAACCCAGGCUUUAACCCUGGCUUCGUAGGAGGCUUCGGCAACGGAAUCCAUGGAGGGUUCGGCCACGGCUUUGGAAACGGCUUUGGAGGCGGGUUCGGUGGAGCGCCCGUGGGAGGCCUGUUGGGCGGAGGUCUCGUGGGAGCUCCCGCAACAAGUGGGUGCAGGUUCUGGUGCAGGACGCCCCACGGGCAGGCCUACUGCUGCGAGAACGUCAACCAGCCUCACAGCAUCCCCGGGGUGGUCAAGCCAGGCCAGUGCCCUCCCGUGCGCCCAUUCUGCCCGCCCGUCAGGAGCUUCGGCCCCCCAAUCACCUGCUCCAGCGACGGAUCCUGCGGUGGCGUGGACAAGUGUUGCUUUGACACCUGCUUGCAGGAACACACGUGCAAGCCCCCCCUCGGGUUUGGCAAAUAAGUCGGUGGCGAUGGAUUGAUUCGUCAGCAACUACCUCCUGCUUUGACCUUAUCCUUCUUAUAAUAUUUAUUGCAUUUUCACCUACUUUAAGUGCUUUAAUAAACGGUAACCUUCA